UAUAUAAUCAGGGAUGGUUGGAGAUUCAGUUUCCUGUACAUGUGUACUUCAGAAAAGAGAAACGGAGUAUAGUCAUGGGAAAUACAUGACUUUUGUCGAGACAGGUCACAUAUAGCCCAGGACACACACUAACUGUAGUGGAGGAGACCCGUUAACCGACUCUGCCAAGUGCUGAGUUCCAGCUGUAGACGUUCCUGAUUGGUUUUUUGUUUUGUUUUGUUUUUGAAGUAGGAUCUUCUUAUUGGUCUCAAACUUAAAAUUCUUUUGCCUCAGUCUCUUAAAAGUGUUGGGAAGAAGAGUUUGGUUCUUAGACCUUCAAGAGCAAGUCAAAAUGUAGGGAGGAGAGGUUACCACUUAAUGCUAGUUAGGUCGGUGACCACAGUCGGCUCUGAGUCCAAAGACAAGGUCUUAGCCAGGCAUAAUGAUGCACACCUUCAAUUCCAGCAUUGGAGACAGGUGGGGAAUCUGAGCUCUAGGCCUGCCCAGUCUGCAUAAUGAGUUCCAGGACAGCCAGAGUUUACAUAGAACCUGUUUUUAAAAAAUAAAAGGCUUUUAGGUAAGAAUUACUGCUUUUAAGAUAAAUGUUUACUGAGCAUGCAGUAAGCCUGGGAUAUGCAGUAAGGGCUGGGUUCAGUCUGGAGCAUCAUAUAAAACCAGAUUUGAUGGUUAGCUCUCGCACCUGGGAAGGAACAGCAGAAGCCAACUAGCAAGUUUGAGGUGAUCCUGGGCUACAUGCACCACUCUCAGAAAACAAAAGCAGCUGAGAAGAUAGAGCACUGUUGUUCUAAGUUCAUCUUGCUGGGUUGCUGGUUUAGGGAUAGGCCAGGUGAGGUUAGUUUGCCCACUAAUGAAGUUUAUAACAUUACAAACUGUAGGGGAAAGCUGCUUCAAAGCUCGUAGUCAUCAGCAAACUCAGGAAUGAAAGGAAACAUACUUAGUCUAAUCAGAGCAGGAAGGUGAGUGGAGUCAAAUAGCGAGCUGAUAAAAGAGAUCUGGUCUCUGCUAAAUUUUGGUAGGGAUGCCUGCCAGUCCACGGAUGGUGAGAGGACAGGUGAACAUGGUCGAAAUCUUCCAGUACAUUUCACACGAGUGAUUGCUAAUAUAAUAUCACUCUUUUCUCUGAAAAGGCGGGGCAUUUUUUUUUAAUAUGCCGCGUCCUGGUCCCUCAAGCAGAGAAGAGCCAGGACAUAAAGGUGAUCUCAUCUGGAAAUGGACACCCUUUGCUUUGAAUUAGGAAGCCAUAACUACCAAGAAAAUGGAGCCAUGUUCUCUGUGAACUACAACUCCCAGUGGUCUCCACGAAGAGCGCGAACGAACUUACGCAGCAAAUUAGCAUGUCUUUCGCCUUCAAUUCCCGACAUGCCUUUCCCAGUCUGGAUUUCCUACGGUUGGCUAAAUUUCCUGUUUCCUGUCCAUUUUGUAGCAACGGACUAGAGUUCCCAGACGCUGGGAGGCUCGCUUCGGUUUUGUUUUGUUUUGAGCCUUCCUUUCCGCAAUUUGACUACAUCUCCCAAAAAUCCGGUGGGUGGGGACUGCGGACGUAGAGAACGCACGUGGAAAGAAAGUUGCGGGGAGGACGUUGGAGCUAUCCGCAUAUCGGGCUGGCAAAGUUUUUGAGUGUUUCCCUGGUGAGAUUUCUUGAAUCUAGCUAUGCGGCUCUCAGCCCUGCUGGCCUUGGCAUCCAAAGCCACUUCCUCCCCCUUCUACCGCUAUGGAAUGAGCCGUCCAGGUUCCAUAGCAGACAAAAGGAAGAAUCCUCCAUGGAGCAGGCGGCGCCCAGUAGUGGUAGAGCCCAUCUCUGAUGAAGACUGGCACCUAUUCUGUGGAGACAUGGUAGAAAUCUUAGAAGGCAAGGAUGCUGGGAAGCAAGGCAAAGUAGUCCAAGUCGUUCGGCAGCGAAACUGGGUUGUCCUGGAGGGGUUGAACACGCAUUACCGAUACAUUGGCAGAACCAAGGACCACCGAGGGACCAUGAUCGCUAGUGAAGCCCCCUUGCUUCAUCACCAGGUCAAGCUAGUGGAUCCUGUGGACAGGAAACCCACUGAGAUCCAGUGGAGAUUUACUGAGGCAGGAGAACGUGUUCGAGUCUCUACAAGAUCUGGCAGAAUUAUCCCCAAACCUGAAUUUCCUAGAGCAGAUGGCAUUGUCCCUGAAACAUGGACUGAUGGCCCCAAGGACACAUCAGUGGAAGAUGCUCUUGAAAGAACUUAUGUGCCCCGACUAAAGACAUUAGAAGAAGAUGUGAUGGAGGCCAUGGGGAUCCAGGAGACUCGAAGAUUCAAGAAAGUUUAUUGGUAUUGAGCCUCAGAGUGCUGCUUCUGCCUGUCCAGUUUUCACCUUGAUGGUAGAGGCCUUUUUUCUAAAACACCAAUAAAGAGACUUGAGAGCAGCCGUUGUCCACACUA